UAUGGCAGCUUCCAGAACUAGAAGACACGUGGACACAUGUGCUUGCAAAGAAAGAAACCGCCCCAACGACACAGCAAUAAAAGCCGUGAACCCGGUCUUCAACACAGUGCCACAAACCAGAGACGCGACGAACCUUCUCAUUCUAUCUGUAAUCUGAAGCUGUUCGACAGAGAAAAAUGGGAUGGGUCUGGAGGGACGACGACAACGGCGAUAACGGCAACGUAGACGCCAACAGCAGCAGUUCCGUGGCCGUCGGCGAGCAAUGCUCCACCCGUAGAAUCGUGAGAUCGCAGUGCAAAACUGAAGAGGUCGAGCCGGGAAAGUUCAUCAAAAAGUGCGAGAAAACCGAAGAGCUUUUCAGGGAUUGCGUCGGAAAGCCUGUUGAAGUGGUGCAAUCAAACAAAGAAUAUACGGAAGAGGAUGUCACGGACGAGGUUCUAAGAGGAGGGCGGUUUGUUUCUUCAGACCGUGGUGUCAGUGGUGUGUUUGACUUCCCUGAUAUUGAACACAUGGAACGAAGCAUCUUUGGUGGUAUUGAAGACAUGGAACGAAGCAUCUUUGGUGGUCUCAGUCGUUUCUUUGGAGCAGCUGAAGAAAUGAAGAACGGUUUAUUUGAUGUGUUUGCUAACACUCCAGGCAUACUUGAUGGAGAGUCGUCAUCUUCAUCAUCUUAUAGACGAGGCAUACCUAUUGAAGAGCAUAAUCACGGGCAAGAAGCUCACGCUAAACCCAAGGAUAAGGAAUCAACGGAAACUGAUUUUGCUGCAAUGGCUAAAGACGUUUAAAGGACUAGAGUGAAGCCAUUCCACCUUACAUUGAAAUGUUCUGGAUAGAUAUAUAUAUGGUUCUGUAUUAGAUUUUGAAAUCCUGUGUCUUUCCAUUAAUAAUACUAACAAGAGGACAGUAGGCUUCCUCUUUUCGCAUUCAA